AUGCCACUCAAAGACCGUUUCCGCCGCGCCAUCGGCCGCACCCCAUCAGCUCCCACCUCCCUCAACUCCUCCCGCUCAACAUCCAACUCCCAACUCUCCACCUCAACCUCAACCAGCCCACCCACCCCCUCCAUAACCCUCACCAAAACCACCUCCACCACCGCGCGUCUCACAAAAUCCCUCACCUGGCGCACCUCAAAACCGAAACAAGAUAAACGCGAAAAGGCGCUUGAGGAAUGGGAGAAAUACGAUCACAGGGAGUGGGUGACGCCCAGCAGGGUGACGAGACAUAAGAGUAAACACCAUCAGGAUAUCUUGCGGGGGUUUGAGAUUAAUUUCGGGAAGGAGGGACGGAAGGGCAGUGGGAGUAUUUGGAGUGGUGUUAGUCCGGGACAGAGUCGGCGGGCGAGUUGGCAGAGUUCGAGGGCGCCGUUGGGACAGAGUGCGUUGAGUAGGGUGGGGAGUCGGACGGAGGCGAGGAUUGAGGAGUAA